GAGCUCAGGAUGAGGACGUGAGGGAGCAGCGGCUCCGGUUCUUUGUCUGGUUUUUCGGGUUUUGGGUUCGUUCGGUUUGUGAGCGCGUGGCGGCGGGCGGAGGCGAAGCUGCUCAUGUUUCUGACGGUGAUGAUGAAGAGGAGGAGGAGGAUGGUGGCCGGCGGAGUGUGUGUGUCCUUCCUGCUCGGCUCUCUGCUCAGCCUGCACACCGGACCGGCCGCCCCGGGCUCCGGACCUGCGGACCGGCCGGACACGCCGCUCCGGUUCUACCGAGGCGACGCGGAGCUGCGGGUCGCGGAGGCUCUGGGGGCGGAGCCGGUGUCGGAGCCGCCGGACAGCCUGAAGGACCUGGACAGACAGAUCCGGGAGAGGUACGAGGAGGUGCUCCGGUACCGCGGGGCGGCGGGGCCCGGCGGGGCGCACACGACCCGGCGUCUGGAGAGGCGGAGACUGAUGGACCUGGAGCCCGGGGGCAGAUGGGACCCGGUCCGUGCCCGGACCCCCGCGGUGCACAAGCUACAGGAGGGCUCGCCCGGCCGGAGCCCCGCCGCGGCCCCAGGGCUCCGCUGCGGCAGCCUGCUGAAUCUGACUGAGCUGCGCUAUCUGGGCUCCGGAUACACCAAGGCCGUGCACCGGGCCGAGCUGAGCCGGAACCGGAGCUUCUCCGUGGCGCUCAAGUCUGUGGACUUCAGAGGACAUGAUAUGCGCGGCUGCGUGCGCCGCUUCCGCUCCGUGGCCGCGUGCUACCGCCUUGCCGCCUUCAAACUCCUCAAGGAGAUGAACCUGAUGCGGCAGCUGCGGCACCGCAACGUGCUGACGCUCUAUGGUUACUGUUACCAGGCGACCGGUGAUGUGCAGGCGGUGACGGCGAUCACCGAGCUUGGAACUCCUCUGGAGAUGAUCCAACUGCUGCAGACGGCCUGGGAGGAGCGCUUCAGGGUGUGUCUCAGUCUGGUGCGGCUGCUUCACUUCCUGGCUCACUCGCCGCUCGGCUCCGUGUCUCUGCUGGACUUCCGGCCGCGGCAGUUCGUGCUGGUCGGCGGCGAGCUGAAGGUCAGCGACCUGGACGACGCCACGGCCGACGAGCCGCCCUGCCCCCCCGAGCCCCCCCGCCUCUGCAACAUCGACUUCCCCGCCCGCAACUUCAGCUUGACCUGCAGCAGGGGGCGCUGUGCCGGCAUGAACGAGAAACGAAACCUCUACAACGCAUACAGGUUCUUCUUCACCUACCUGCUGCCUCACAGCGCCCCGCCCGCCCUGCGCCCCCUGCUGGACACCAUCCUCAAUGCCACCGGGGAGCUCCUGUGGGGUGUCGAUGAGACUCUGCAUCGCAUGGAGGAAGUUCUUUACCUUUACAGGACCGGACAGUACCUGCACAAUGACACACACACACACACCACAGCUUACCGGGCGGUGCAGGACUCCUGGGUCCCGGGUCAGGACUAUCGCUGCUGGCCGUCCUACCAGCACGACGUCUGUCUGCUGUCCGUCUUCAGCCUGCAGGAGGCCGCCAGCGUCUGUGAGAGCCACGCCCACUGCCACGCCUUCGUCCUGACCAAUCAGACCACCUGGACAGGUCAUCAGCUGGUCUGGUUUAAGACGGGCGGCGCCGGGCUGAGCCGGGCGCCCGGCCGGGUCACCUACAUCCGGACGGACGGCUGAUACAGGACGAGGAAACCGCCCCUGAUUGAUUUGUCUGCUGUGGAGGCGGGGCAUGGCACCACGAGAUACAGGAACAGGAAGUGACCUCCAAACGACACAACCUAUCACACAGAACAGAGUGGACCAAUCAGGAGCCCCGCCUGUGUUGCCGGGCAGACUGAAGCUUCAAGCAGACCAGGAAGAGCUGCUGCUCUGCACUCACACCUUCUUCUUCUUCUGUGGAAGGUGUUGGGUUUAUUACACGUCACCAGGCUGUAUUUAUUUGGGACCCAGUGUCAUUUUGAAGAUGUGUUUCACUGUUGCUAUGGUAACGUGUGACAUUGUGAGAUGCAGUUUAGUCUGCAUGUCUCCUCUGACAUCUCUGACUGUGUUUAUCAAUAUUUGUCCCGCCCCUCCUCUUUUUGACUGAUUGUUGUGAACCUGGCAGUGAGGAAGUGCUGCAUGUUCACAUCAGGAAAUGUCCUGAGACACGAGCCGAGCUUCAAGACUGCUUUGUCACCUUCACACAGUUUCAUUUUAGCAGCUUCAGUUCUGUUCAUCAGCAGAGCGACUGGAGCUCCUUGUGUUGUUGACGCUGCAGACGGACCGCCACAUACAGAUUGUGAUGUCAUGACGGGGAGGGGGGGGGGGGGGGGGGGGGGGGGCAGGAAACAGGAAGUUGGCUCUGUGUUUUUUUUUUAUUUCCAAAGGAAAUGUGGGACAGAAAACA